AAAUGUUUGUGUGUGGGACUACUUUUGUAUUAUGUGAAGUGACAUCAAAUAGCCUCACAGUGAAAUAUUCCCAUUUUGCUCAAAACGCGUGAGUGGGGUGGCUGGACCGGGCACGGGGCUCACGCAUCCACACAGAAUCAGACAUGGCUCGUCUCCUAACUCACAAUGGCUUCGUUUUUGCACUUUUGAUUUGCCACUGUCCUGUCGUGUGUGGUUUGUUUGAAUGGUUGAGAAGAGCUGAGUCUCCCCCAGCAUCGCAGCCUGCAGCCUCCUCAUCUGCUCAUGUCGCUCCUGAGCUUCUGGCCAAAGAUGCGCAGUUUGAAAUGGCUAUAGUAGAUGAAAAGUUUUUGGCAGAGGCUAAGCAAUUGCAACUGAGUCCAUUGGAUAGCUGCCAUCACAGGGUUGUUGCUCGUCUGAAGUCCAGCUGUGAAAGCCUGUCUGAAGAACAGCUGGCUAAACUUGGGGUAGUCCUAUUUAACUGUCAGGCAGAGAUUGAAGGUCGCAGGACUUACCCUUGUACAGAGGAGAUGACCAUAAAAGAAUGCACAGCGUCUAUGGACCCUGACACAUGGAAUGCUUACCAUAUUGUAAGCAACAGAGCCCGGUCUGUGUGCUAUGCCACUCGACAGAUGCUCUUCCGACGCAGGGCAGAACACACCGUGAACGCCCUCAUCACCACAGCAACCAGCCAACUCGAUGCAAUGAAAGAUCUGAAGGAGGGCCAGCUCGAGCUAAAGCAGAUGACUGCAGCAUCCUUGGACAAAGUUCUUGAAGGCCAUAGUGCUCUUCAGGCUCAGCAGACCAAACUUUAUGAAGAACAAGAACAAAUGGAGACAUCACUGAAAGACAACCUGGAGCGUCUGGGACAGGAAAAGGCCCUAAUUGCCUCAGGACAGGAGCUUGUAGCACAGCUCAUCCAAGGAAUCACACAGAGAAUGGAAAAUGUCAGUGAGCAUCUUCAGAUUCAAAGCUCUGAGGUGCAAGAUGGCCACCAUACUAUAGUGAAAGACCUUGCAGAUGUCAGGCAUCAAGCUCAGGACAUUUAUCAUAAAAUAGAUGCCAGUAUGGUGGAGUUUCUGCAGUAUCAGGAUAAAACCUCCCAGUACUACUCUGAUCUAAUGACUAAACUGGAGCGAAUGAACAGCACACUUGGCUUUGUUCUGCACUAUCUGGAUAACAUGCAGGGCAGGAUAGAGGGCCAGCUUCAACUGAUUCAAAGCUACCUUGGAUGGGCAGGAUUGAGUUUAACCGCCAUGUGGACAUGUAUGGCUCAUACUGGUUACUUUGUCCUUGGUGCGGUGCUGUUGACAUUUCUUCGUUGUCCUGGAUUCCCUCGAGCCAUGCUGUUACUUACUGUGCCCCUGAAUGCAAUCGCUGAAGUGAACCAGCAGCCAGCACUGGAUCUCUGUAGUCUCAGCCUUCUGCUUCUCACACUUUCUCUUGGUUACUGGUGUAUCGGACAACUGUGCUCUUGCUUCCAUAAAAACAGUAAACCAACUGCCCCUCUCCCACUGGGCCCAUGUGAAAAAGUUGAACCACAAAAGCCAGUCGCCUCUUCCCCUUCGUACCCACCCUCAUCUACACCUGAGAGAGAAGAAAAUGAUGAGUGCUCUGGGAAACAUGACUUGCUCAAUCAAGAUAGCUUCAUAUCAGGUGAUCUGGGCCUUUCAGUGGUGUCUCCCUCUCAGAGGAGGACACUGGCAGAAUCCCUCCAUAGUCAUUCAACUCCAAGGACCCUGGUGAAACCUGUUCUCUCAGUGGUAGGACUGCAUUUUUCACUGGAACCUUUCACCUUUGAACCUGAAACAUCACAUUUUCACCAAGAACAGAAGAAGCUGAGAUCACAUGGACCACGAGAAGACAAAGACCUCAGGAGGACCUCAGGAAGACCUCAGGGGGACCUCAGGAAGACCUCAGGAGGACCUCAGGAGGACCUCAGGGGGACCUCAAGAAGACUUCAAGAGGACCCCAGGAAGACCUCGGGAAGACCUCAAGAGGACUUCAAGAGGACCUCAAGAAAACCUCAGGAGGACUUCAGGAAGACCUCAGGAAGACCUCAAGAGGACUUCAAGAGGACCUCAGGAAAACCUCAGGAGGACUUCAGGAAGACCUCAGGAAGACCUCAAGAGGACUUCAAGAGGACCUCAGGAAAACCUCAGGAGGACUUCAGGAAGACCUCAGGAAGACCUCAAGAGGACUUCAAGAGGACCUCAGGAAGACCUCAAGAAGACUUCAAGAGGACCCCAGGAAGACCUCAAGAGGACUUCAAGAGGACCUCAGGAAAACCUCAGGAGGACUUCAGGAAGACCUCAGGAAGACCUCAAGAGGACCUCAGGAGGACCUCAGGAGGACCUCAAGAAGACUUCAAGAGGACCCCAGGAAGACCUCGGGAAGACCUCAAGAGGACUUCAAGAGGACCUCAAGAAAACCUCAGGAGGACUUCAGGAAGACCUCAGGAAGACCUCAAGAGGACUUCAAGAGGACCUCAGGAAAACCUCAGGAGGACUUCAGGAAGACCUCAGGAAGACCUCAAGAGGACUUCAGGAGGACCUCAGGAAAACCUCAGGAGGACUUCAGGAAGACCUCAGGAAGACCUCAAGAGGACUUCAAGAGGACCUCAGGAAGACCUCAGGAGGACUUCAGGAGGACUUCAGGAGGACCUCAGGAGGAAAGAGUUCGAGUGCUACAUCCUCACAGUGCGCUCCUCGGAUACUGCAUUUCCCAGCAUGCACCUGUGCUCCUCCGCAGGCCACGCCCCCUCCGCCCAGACAGAGGGACAAUGA